AUUUUCCCGCCAAAAUGAAUUGGAAAUGGAGCUUUUACCGCUGUGAAAAGUGAAAGAGCUGUAAAAUAGAGCGGCGGAAACUGUAAAAGAGUGGCAACGACGACGGAACCUCCACCUACAGUUCUUUCCGACGUCGGAAUCUUAGACAGAGCCUGAAACCUGAUCAAGCUGAGAUGGAAAAGACUAACCUUGAUGGUGCUCCAGAGCUUGCUGCUCAUCACAAUCAGACAUUCUCUUCUGCUACAAACACUGGGGAGAAGAGAAAGAGGGAGGGAUUUGUGAGUGAAGAAAGAGAAUCUGGAAACAGCUGCGAGACUGAAGAAGUUAUUAUAGUUGGUGACACUAAGGCUAUAAAAGAUUUUGGUUUUGGUGGAGGAGAGCAGUCUCAGAGGUCUGUGUUUAGCAAGCUACAGGCUUUCAAUGGACAAAGCAACAUGAGUCUUAAAGGGUCUUUGGGAAAGAAAGAAGCAAGAGAAGAACCAGAAAGAGCAAAGCAGGAUUCAACUUUUAACGACUUUGAUAAGCUGAGGGAAGAAGUGAACUUUGCGGUUGGACAGACAUGGGCUCUUUAUGAUGAUAAGGUGGAUGGGAUGCCUAGAUUGUAUGCUCAGAUCACAAAAGUUCCAGUUCCUGGUUUCUGUCUUAGUGUCAGAUGGCUUGAGCCUGAUCCAGACCCCAAGGAGGAGAUACAGGGGUAUGAAAAAGGGUUGCCUGUUUCUGUUGGUAGGUUCAAACUCGGGAAAACCGAAGAUAUAAAAGAUCGCCGAAGGUUCUCUCAUCUGGUUCAGUGCAGUGAAGGGAGUAGCGCAGGGACAUUCAGUGUAUACCCAAAAGAAGGAGAGACGUGGGCUAUCUUCAAGGCUCACAUCACAUCUCUCUCCUCGUACUUUAACCAUGACUGGUCAGCACAUCCUGAUUCACACAGUAAAUAUAACUAUGCAUUCGUCGAAAUCUUUUCAGAAGAUUGUGAUUAUCGUAGAGUACCGAUUGGGUUCUUGCAUAAAGCAAAAGGUUUUCCAGGUGUGUUUUGUCGCUUUAACAAAGAAGUUGAUAUGUCUUACAUUAAGCGUGGCUGUACAAUGCAAUUCUCCCAUCGUGUUCCAUCAUUUAAGACGACUGGAAUAGAAGCAGAAGGUGUGCCUUGUCGAGGUGCUUAUGAGCUGGAUCCCGCAGCAUUACCAGAAAAUAUCAAAGAGAUUGACGUCCCUUUACAUCUACUAGAAGAGCCUAGUCCUACAGUGUCAAACCAUGGGGAGGAGGAUAGUACACACUCGCAAUGUGUUUACUUUGCUAGUAAAGGAAUAACUUUUCAAACAGGCCAAGUCUGGUCAUUAUGCAGUGGUGAUGAUAACUUGCCCCGGCACUAUGGCAAGAUUCAGAAGAUCACGUUUAUUCAGGCUUUUGAACAGGAUCCGGUGGUUAAAUUGCAUAUAGGUCGGCUAAAGGCUAGACCCAACAAAGGCGUCAUCCAGUGGAGUGACAAGGAUAUGCCCAUCGGCUGUGGCAAUUUCAGGGCAAGAAAAGUUCUAGAGAUAUUCACGGAUCUUGAUGUGUUUUCACGUCAGAUAAGAGAGUCCUCAGAAGAUGGGGAUGACUACAGCAUCUUGCCCAAGACUGGUGAUGUUUGGGCAAUAUACAGAAACUGGAGUAAGAACAUUGGCGUCGUUGAUCUGAAGUCCCAGACUUAUGAUCUUGUGAAAGUUCUUGAUGAUAAGCUGGACUACAAGGUACUGCUAUUGACUCCUGUUGGUGGGUUUAAAUCAGCCGAUUCUGCAGGUUUUGGUUCGGCGUAUGUUGCUGCUACUGAGCAUUGGAUUGAUAAUGCCGAAGUGAGAUUCACAAUCCCAAAAUGUGAAAUGCUCAGAUUCUCGCAUCAGGUUACUACUUCGAGAGUAACAAAAGAGGUACAUGGAACUUGGCAAGAAGUUUAUGAACCUGCUAUUGAGACAUCGCCUGUUUUGAGCUGUGCUGUUAGUGUUGGUGAGAAGAGAAAGAGGAAUGAUCAUGGUGAAGACUUUGAUGGUCUGAAGUUUAAUGACUUUGAGAAACUGAGGAAAGAAGUAAACUUUUCGGUCGGGCAGACUUGGGCUCUUUAUGAUAAAGUGGAUGGGAUGCCUAGAUUGUAUGCCCGGAUCCGAAAAGUUUCAGCUCCUUCCUUUGGGCUUAGGAUUGCGUACUUAGAGCCAGAUCCAGAUGAUGAGAAACAGAUCCAAUGGCUUGAAGAAGACUUGCCUGUUUCUGCUGGUCAGUUCAAGCUUGGGAAACAUCACAACACAAAAGACCUUUCGAUAUUCUCACAUGUUAUACACUGCAUGGAAGGAAGCAAAACGGGCCAUCUCACUGUUUCCCCGAGAAAAGGAGAGACUUGGGCUCUAUUCAAGAACUGGGAUAUCAACUGGUCUUCAGAACCAGCUUCUCACCGCAGUUACGAGUAUGAGUUUGUUGAGAUUUUGUCUGAUUACGCUGACAAAGCUGGUGUAUCUGUUGCAUUCUUGCAUAAAGCAAAAGGGUAUGCAAGUGUCUUCUUUCGAAUGGGAACUUCUCCUGCAGACAUAUUUCGCAUUUUACCUCACAGAUUGUAUCGAUUCUCCCACAGAGUUCCUUCCUUCAAACUGACUGGAAUUGAAGGUGUGCCUAAAGAUGCUUAUGAGCUGGACCAGGAUGCGUUACCAGAAACAAUCGAAGAGAUUAUGAUGCCCUCAAUCUCUGAGACUCAGCCUAAAGCCAUCUACUUUGCUAGCCAGGGGAAAGUUUUUCAGACUGGUCAGUUUUGGUCAUUUUACAGUGGUGAUGAUGAGUCGCCUCGGUACUACUGUAAGAUUCAGAAGGUCUCUUUUACUCUGGUACUCAACCAGGAGCCAAGUUUUAAACUACAUAUAAGUAGGCUAAAAAAGGCUCUUCCUUUCCCUGAGGACGUUAUCGACUGGAAAGAGGGGAAGAUGCCUCGUGGUUGUGGAACUUACUACCCAAGAACAGUUCUUGAAACAAUCACUCCAAGUGAGCUUUCACAACAGGUAAUGCCUCAAGCCUCUAUGGAUGGAAAAGAAUAUAUAAUUCUCCCCAAGAUUGGUGAAGUAUGGAUCACAUAUAGAUCCUGGAGUGCUGACAUUGAGGUUGAUGAUGAUUUGGAUGGUUUGGGUUAUGACAUUGUAGAAGUUCUUGAUGAUACAUUGGACUAUCAGGUCGUAUUGCUGGAUCGCGAAUCGUUUUAUGAAGAAGAUAAGAAGUUUGAAUAUAAAUGGUUUAGCCCAGGUACGAAGUAUAAGUAUAAGGAGUUGGGUGGGUUGAUGCCAAUAUUUACGAUCCCAAAGUCGGAAAGGCUCAGAUUCUCGCAUAGUGUUCGUGCCUCUCGUAUAACAAGAGAGAUACAUGGAGAGUUAAAAGACCUUUUCAAAGUUGACUCUAGACCAUUACCUUACUUCCUUUCUGGCGACUGAAGAGAUGAUGAGGGAAAGGAAAGGGAAGCCAAUGUUUCUUUUUUUUGGUUAGCUUUUGGUGCAUGUGGUGAAACAAGGUUGUUUUUGGUUAAGAAUCUUAAAACUUUAUCUAUGAUGUUGUUAGUUUUGAAUUCUCUCACUAAACAGCAAGUAUGGUAUUAAUUUAUCUACUAUUGCCUUCGCUU